AUGAUGAGGGUAUUCAAAGGACUACCUCCUCACUUUGAGAUGCUGAAGGUGGUGCUGAACAACCAGUCAUCAUCACUCACUAAGGAUCAGCUGCUUACCUCCUUGAGGAGCGAGGAGAUGCGGAUUGGUGUCGCACCAAGAUCGGAUGGUGUAGCCACCUUUGGAGCGGGUACGAAAGUGGGCAGCAGCGGCAGGGGAAAUUGGGACAAGGGAGGAAAGCAUGGAGGCAGCGGUAGCAGCAGUGACACCAACUCGGGCAGAUGGGGUCAAGGGAAAGGCAAAGCGGGAGUGCUUGAUUUCCCCUGGGGGUCCAAGGGCAUGGCUCCUCGGGGGUUGUGUCAUGGCUGUUGGGAUGAGGGACAUGCAUGGCAGCGAUGUCCUCAUCGACCUAAGGGAGGCAAUCCGGCAUUCUUAAAGCGGGGGGGUCGUGGGUCCAACGGCAAGGCACAGGUGGCGGAUGAGGAGGAGCAGGAUGACAAGGCAGAGGCAGUGGUUGGAGAGGCAGUUGCAGCAGUGGGAGAGGAGCAGCCGCGAGAGGGGUGGUGGAUUCCCAUUGACCCUUGCCCAUCGCCGCCUUGUGCUUUGCCUGCUUCCAUCACACCAAUGGAGGCGUGGUCCGGCCAGAAGCCGCAUGUGGGCAUGGCUCGGAUUUGGGGUUGCAUGGGGAGUGUCAUGCUGCAUGGGCAUGAGAAGGGUGGCAAGCUUGAUGCACGGGCUGUCAUGUGUGUCUGUGUUGGGGUGGACAUGGAGAGCAAGGGUUGGCGCAUGCUGGACCCUUCUCUCAUGCGCAUUCGCAUUGCUCGGGAUGUUGAUUUUCUUGAGAAUGUGAUGUGCAAGGAUUGGGACAAGGCAAAGGGAUUUGGGCAGCUUCUGCAGGAUGCAGCUGCAAUUUCUUAA